CAAACUCGGUACCCACCAACUGAAAUUACACGCAGAAUAUAGGGAAACAGUCUGGUUCUAGCGUUGGCGAAUCAAGUUGAGUCGGGAGACUGUAUAUUUCAGUGUAUGUUUGCACGAUCUUCUAAAGUCGCAUCGGUUUCAGUACAGCUGCGGUCUGACUAUGGCAGAAGACAUGACGUCUCUGCUGAGCCUCGAGGAGGAGCUGACAUGCAGUAUAUGUCUCAGCCCUUUCCAGAGCCCCGUGACCACUCCCUGCGGCCAUAAUUUUUGUCAGGAUUGUCUCGAUUUGACAUGGCAGGAAGACGCACAGGCGGGGUUCAACUGUCCACAGUGCAGGUGUCACUUCGCCACCAAACCCGAGCUGAAGAAGAAUACGGUUCUUGACGCUGUGGUUGACAAGUUCAAUCUGAGGUCAAAAGGCGAAAUCCCACGCGAUGCUACGGCGAAGUUGGAGAUCGAAGUGGCGCCAGUUUUAUGCGACACUUGCAUGGAGGCAAAGGCAUGCAAGACCUGCCUCACGUGUAUGGCAUCGUUCUGUGCGGAGCACGUGAGACCGCACCUGGAGAACCCAGUUUUUGGCAUGCACCAGCUCAAGGAGCCACUGUCUGAUCUCCAUGAGCGCAUUUGCCCAACCCACUCCAAAAUGAUGGAGUUCUUCUGCGUCCAGCAUGUGCGUGCUAUUUGUAGCUUCUGUCUGCAGCAAGAGCACAAGGGCUGCACAUUCUCUACGCCAGAAGAACAACAGGUUCAGCAGGAGUCUGAGUUAAAGAAGAAGCUGGUUCUCCUGGAUGGUAAGAUUGAGAAGACCUAUUUGAUCCUGUCCCAAAUGAAGGAACAGCAAUGUGUCCUGAAAGACGCGUCCACCAAUCGGAAGAGGGAGCUGGAGCUGGAGUACAAGCAGAUCAGGGAGCUCAUAGACGCGGAUGAGCUGCAGGCCAUGAAGAGUGUGGAAAAGGAGGAGGAGGCUGCCCAGUCCAGGCUUGUCACCUUGAUGAAAAGGUUUGACCAGAACAUAGACGAGAUGAAGGGGGCAAAAGAUCGCAUCGACGGCCUUCUGGCCCGGACCCAGUCCCUGGCUUUCCUGCAGGCCAGUGUAGACCUGCCUUCAUCUGUGGCAUUCGAGCCGUAUGUUCCUCGACUCAGCAUCAACAACAAACGUGUCCACCUUGAGUCUGCUGCUGCACUGAAAGAGUAUCUGGGAAACAUACUGAAGCACCCUGUCGACAAUAGAGCUUCACUGCUCAGACCAGAGAUUUGGAGGAGUAUGCCUGGCAAUGCUGCCAAGAUGGCUGGUCCUCCACACUUCAUUCCAGUUCAUCUGCAAAAUCCACUUUUCACAGCUGACAAGAUGGCUGGUCCUCCACACGUCAUUCCAGUUCAUCUGCAAAAUCCACUUUUCACAGCUGACAAGAUGGCGGUUCCUCCACUUCUGCCAAAUCCACUUUUCACAGGAUUCCAUCACAAUGUAAAUCCUGGACCCCCUCCUUCAACAAAGCCGGAUCAGAAGAAGAAGAAACCCCAGCCAAACAGGAAACCUGAUCAGGAUUUACCUAAAGAAGAAAAACCUUCAAAGAAUAACCCAAAUACUGGCAAAGAUACAGCUGGAGCUCAACCCAGUAACAGACCAGUGACAUUCGGAGCCUCCCCAAGUCUCACUGCUCCAGCUAAAAGAACUGAACUUCUUAAGUACGGCACCGUGCUGAAACUGGACCACAGGACGGCACACAAGCGCAUCAUUCUGUCGGAGGACUUCACCAAGGCGUCCGUGUCCGACGAGCCGGCCGGAUACCCCGACAGCCCCGCCCGCUUCUCCGUCUGCUCGCAGGUGCUGUGCACCAAGGGCUUCUCCCAGGGCCGGCACUACUGGGAGGUGAAGAUGACCAGCAACAACUUCUGCGGCGUGGGCCUGGCCUACAACAGCAUCGACCGCAAGGGCCCCGCCAGCCGGCUGGGCCGCAACAACCAGUCCUGGUGCGUGGAGUGGUUCAACGUCAAGCUGUCCGCCUGGCACGGCAGCAGCGAGACGGUGCUGACCAACCCCAGCCCCAGUCGCGUGGGCGUCCUGCUGGACUGCACCGAGGGCACCGCCACCUUCUACAACGUGGCCGACCGCGCCUACCCCUUCCACACUUUCGUCUACCCCUUCGCCGAGGCCGUCUACCCCGCCUUCUGGAUCUUCUCCAGCGGGACGGCCGUCACGCUCUGCAAGCUGAACUGAGAGCGUGGCCGUCACCCCUCCGGCCCGCCCAACUGAGAGAGUGUCCAUCACCCCACCCCAGCCCAACUGAGAGAGUGUCCUGUGUCCAUCACCCCACCCCCGCCCAACUGAGAGAGUGUCCAUCACCCCACCCCAGCCCAACACAGGCAUUACAGUGCCUCCUCACUGAAGCCAAUAAAAGCAUGCAGAGGUGGAACAUCCAGGUUCAGAGAGUGAAAGUGCUCCCCCAGGAUUUUGUUCACCUGGGAUAUAGGGACAGGCAUUGAAAAUUUGCAUGUGCUAUAAAUGCUGUUAUAUGUGAUAUAUGUUUCUACGUAUUUUUCCCCAUCAAAUAAACAUUCAAUAUAAAAGGCAUACAUUCGUUAAUUCAUAGAGGUAGAACAAAAUCAGUUUGCUGAAUUCAUGGGUUCAAGAAACCCCAUGGUAGCACUUUUGCUUUCUGAGUCCUGGACUUUCCACCUGUAAAAGUAUUUGAUUUACAAGACAUAAAAUACCAGGCACAUAGCAUAUUUCUGCUCCAUUUCACUGAAUAGACAACUCCCAUAACUAAAUGCUUCGCAACUGUUCAGGAUGUGAACAGCUUCGUUUAAAAAAAAAAAAAGAAAAGAAAAACUUGCAUGAGCUUGUAAGCCUCGUGAAGCAUGCUUUUUAUUUUAUUUUAUUCAGUGCUACUUUGUAUCAGCUUAAAUUGUGUACCCUUGUUUAUCAGUGAAACCUUUGGGCAUACAUAGAUUACUACUACACUAUAUUCGACUUUGACCUCUGUCACUAUAGCAACUAGCAGUAAGCCCGGGCUUUAUCAAUGAAUCCAUUGAAAUAAGCAGUAAUGGUAUGGGGCCACGGUGGCGCAACAGGCUAAGAUGCAGCAGACUUGUGGUUGCAGUUCGCUGCAGUUGCACACCGGGGACCGGGGUUCGAUUCUCGGUCCUGCCAAAAGCCAAGUUUGGCCGGCUCAGAAGAAGGCGUGUCGCUCUUGUAGGGCUAAUUACUACUAGCUCUAGCUCUAGCUACUAGCUCUAAUUGAAUUAGACGGGGUACAAUUGGCUACCAAAUUGGGAGAAAAAAGAAGAAAAAUGUUUCAAAUAAUAAUAAAAAAAAAGAAGAAAUAAGCAGUAAUGGAAGUAAUAGUCAUUUAAAUCAAUAUUCAUAGUGAUAAUCUUUUUAAGUGAUUGUUAGAUAACCAUCAAUAUUACAGAUGUAAUAAUAAAUAAUGUGUUAUUAAUGUGUUAGAUAUUUCAGAAUGGUAAUUUUAUCAUGCGAUUUGUCGGGAACAGUGGUAGUUCAAAAGCAAUGCGCUUGAUGUACUCAACUCCUGAAUUCCUGGUUUUAGAGCUCAUUUCAUUGACCAGUGUCAACUCAUGUCAUACAGUUAUCCAAAAAUGCAUAAAGGUCUAGAGAACAUAGCAUAAUCAAAUAUUUGUUUCUCAAAGUUAAAGCUGGGUUGGCCGAUUUUUUUGGGUGGUAGUAUGUGGAAUUCUCUUCACAUUCAGCUAGAAAUAAACCAACUGCUCUGGGGGGGGAAAUCUUAUAUCUGUCAGAUAGAUAGAUAGAUAGAUUUUCAGGGACUGUUUUUUCAUCGCUCCUGGUAACUAACAUCCAAUGAGGCAGCUCUCAGCCAGGAGACAGGCUUACAUUACACUACAUUAUUGACAUUUGGCAGACGCUCUUAUCCAGAGCAACGUGCAGUUGAUUAGACUAAGCAGGAGACAAUCCUCCCCUGGAGCAAUGCAGGGUUAAGGGCCUUGCUCAAGGGCCCAACGGCUGUGCGGAUCUUAUUGUGGCUGCACCGGGAUUCGAACCACCGACCUUGUGUGUCCCAGUCAUUUACCUUAACCACUACGCUACAGACCGCCCCGGCUUACCUGCCUAUGAGAAUUGGAGCAUGUCCCCGAGAGGGGGAGUGAAGAGGAGGGGGGGUUUCACCACUGUAUACGUUCACAAUCGUUCUUCUGCCCAGAUUCUGCUCACACCCAACGAUCGUCUACCCCAGUAGUUUGGAUCCACUUGUUCAUCACUUGCUAUGCUAUGAUUAUUAUUUUCUUUUUUUUUACAGAUGGUAUUAGGGUGCAUUGUUUAAGGUAAAAGAAAACAAAGUUAUAUUUACAUGUGUAUACAUUUUUUGGUUUUGGGUUUCUUUAGAUCUUUAAUCGACUCAACAAGAUUUUAUUUAAUCUUGCGUGUCUUAAAAGUCAAAAUGCAGAUUUAUAAUUGAAAUGUGCUGCCAGAUUUAACUGUGUGAGCCUGAGAAAUCUGUGGUUUUGACACUGAUCCCACCAUUGUGCAUUCAUAGUUGAAAUGCAGAUUUGCUGGAAAUAGUAUCUGCUCACAGCUUUGAAUUACCAAAACAAUCUACUGUUUUAUCAGAACGGUAGAUUCUCUGCUCAUGGGUCUUAGCGAUAAACUCAGUAUACGAGUUUCAGAGACUCAUAAGUAGAAAGGUUACAACAACGAUACAAUGGUUUUUUCGAGAAAUCAAUUGGCUUGCACAUUGUUGAUUUAUAUACAGCUUAUCAAUGAGCGGACAGUUCUGCUUUUACCAUUGGUGGAAAAUACCAGCACCUCUGUAAGACAGGGCCUGCUUCAUAAAUGCUGACUUAUUAUGUAGAUCAUGAGUGCAGCCAUUUUAGUGAAUUAGAAUUUUGUCUCGUAUGUGCCAAUUUUGGCAUGUCUGUUGAGAGACUAGCACAAUGAAAUGGAAUAAGUCCCGUUCGAAUAUCCAAGACUUCAUCAGAGCGUUUCAUGACUUCAUUGUGAUCCAAUGGAAAUCAUGAAGUGUUGAGGAGUACAAUGACGAGACUUUGAAUCUGUCUUCCUGCGUGAAGGAUUGUUAUCCUGUAAAAUCCAGCUAUGACCCAUCUUGAAAUCAGUGCAGCUUCAGCUGGUCAAACCAUGUUGAGCGUGGAGCUGGUCUGAACUGGUCAACCAGCUGUUUCAAAACCUAUAGCUUGAGCUGUUUUUUAUUAGCGGGGUAUUAACCUAAAACAAACUGGGAUGAAGGUAAAUAUAAGAUUAACUGUAAGAAAGCAGGAUAUGUUUUCAUGCCUUUAAAGUCAAGUCGAUGUGGAUAAUACACAGCUUGAAAGGAAAGAAAAUAAGUUUGGUUUGGUUUUUAACUUGGAUUGUGGACAGUUCUGUUUGAAGUUCCUCUGGGGCUUGUUUCUUGGUAAAUAUGUGUGUGCUGAGAUGAGCAGAGAUCAUAAUUAAUUGCUUAAAGAUCUCAGUUGCGACAGCAGUGGUUUGACUGAAGUGGAAUCGGUCCACUGCCCGACGGCUGCAGUGUAAAAUUGCUCUCAAUGAUGACUGUUGAUAUGAAGUAACACAUUCCCCCUCUGUAGCCUUAAAGGUUUUCAGCAUUGAUUUAGGCUGUUUAUGGGUGGAACAGUAAAGAGACAUCAAAGCAGUGGUUUUAUUCAGAACCUGGUGAACUGCAUGGACCGGUGAAAUUAAUGUCCAGCAGGACUUGGUAUCUCUUCAGGUGGAGGCAGUGAGCAGACCAGUCCUGUCUCUCGUAAGUUACGUUAUGGUGGGAUAGUGGGGAUAUCGUGGUUUUCAGUCACGUGUCUCUGGAUUGCUCUUGACUACACACUGAUGGAACUUGGGAUUUUCCUGCUGUUUCACAUUGUGUGUUGUCAUAGCAAUGUUGUCUGGCAAUACAGCUGUGCCCUCUGUUUGGGCUUGUGGGUAACUGGAGUCUUCCUUUUUUACAGCGGUGUCCAAUCAUGUGUCAUGGAGGGCCAAGAGUAAGCAGGUUUUCAUUCCAACCAAUCGCUACGCUCUCCGGUUGAAGGUGUGUUAAUUGGUGAAAUCAGAUGGUGUUGUGAUUGGUUGGAAUGAAAACCUGUGUACUCCCGGGCCCUACAUGGCACCUGAUUGGGCACUUCUACAUUAAUGGUAUUUGGCAGACACUCGUAUCCAGAGCGACGUACAGUUGAUUAGACUACGCAGGAGACAAUCCUCACCUUGCGGGUCCCAGUCAUGUACCUUAACCACUACCCUACAUGCCUUAGUAUCUGCUGGUCUGAGGCCAUGCAUUUCGACCAGUAGAAAACCACUGAACUCUGAAGUUGCUUUAAUAUUGCAGUUUAUUCAUUGUACUUUUCAAGUGAUUGCAAGCAGGAAAUUCACAGGAAAUGUGAGAUUUCCUGUUAAUAAUCAACCUACAGGUGAUUAUGAGAAUGUGAAUGAAAAAAAUCUAACUUGAUCUUGGUUUUCUUUUGAUAUCUCUUAAAGACAACCGGGGGAUUGCAAAUGACAGCCCAGUAUUGACACUGUGCCUUUGUCAUUUGUAAUAUUGCAGGUGAUGAUGUUACUUUAUCCGAAAAUCUUAAUAAGCAUAAGAGCAUAAGAGAUUAUUGUGAAUAAUACUCUGUUUUUGCACUCUCAACCUUGUGUUGUUUGGAACAUGUCAAGUCUUGUGAUGACCUUGGUCAAAGCUGUUUAUCCAUUACAUUACGGAGGUGCUACAUAACCCCACCUCCUAUUCGUUUUCAAAUCACUAUUUGCUUUAUCUAAUCUGAAUAUCUGUAACCAUGCUUGCUUAAUUGAAUUAUAAAUAAAAUUCUGUUUGCUGUG